UGUAUGUAGGUGGAGCUUCAGUCACAGCAGCAGUUUGUUAUUAUUUAUUUAAGAUGCGAGGCGAUGGAGAGAAAGAAGAGAACGAGGACACACGUGUUACAGAGGUACAGCCUGUCUCUUUACUGAAUCCAGCCUUGAUGUGUGAUGAUGCCACACAGACGGACAGCGCUGUCCAUGAGGUCUCUCUGGUUGAAGCUGAGGAGAAACACAAGCAGGCGAAGGAGUCCACUGAUGAGCUGCAGCAGCAGAACGCUGACCUGAUGUCCCAGGUGGAAACACUGCAAAACACAGUGCAGGAGUUGGGCAACCUGAUCGCUGAGACCCACACUGAGUGCAAUGACACAACAAGGUUGUAUGAGACAGAGCUGAACCUUCGCAAAUACCUGCAGUCUGACUACGAACGAAAGGAGGAAAAGUUUAAUCAGGAAAUCAACUCUCUUAGGGUCACUCUGACUGAAGCUAAGAGCAAAUAUGAGCAGGCCAUGGAGUCCAGCACUCAUCUGGAUAUCAAGAACUCCAGGCUGUGGUCUGAUAUAAAGUUACUGCAAGACGCAAUGCUGGAGAUGGACGAAGAGCUCUCUCUGAGCCGGAUAAGAUGUAAUGAGCUAAUGAGGGAGUGUGAGUUACAAAAACGUGAGUUGAGGAAUCUGCAGUCCAAGCGGAACGAGACAGAGGAAACGUCACAAGAGGAGUACGAGAGAGAGAGGGAGGCUCACAGUGUCCUGAAGUUCGAUCAGAUGACUUCAACGCAUAACGAAGAGAUACUACAGGACAUCCAGGCUAAAGGUACCAGGCUUUAUGGGGAGGUGACAGAGUCCCAUGAUCACCUAAAGAGGGAUGAGUAUGAGUUGAAACUGCGAGAGUCAGUGCAGAAAAUGGAGAGAGAGCUCUCUGAGUCACACAGGAAGUAUGAAGAGAUAAAGAGGGAGUACGAGCGAGAGAAAGAGGCUCACAGUGUCCUGAACGUCAAUCAGAAGACUUCAACACAUCACAAGUGGUUACUACAGGUUUCUCAGGCUGAAGCUGAGGAGAACUAUCAGUUGUCUGCUCAGCUGGAGAAUAAGAACUCUGACCUGAUGUCCCAGGUGAAGACACUGCAAAACACGGUGCAGGGGCUGAGCAGCCUGCUCGCUGAGACACGCAAGAAGUGUGAAACGGCAAAAGAGGAGCAUAAGGUAGUUAAUGGCAUCCUUCAGUUCGUGGAGACCAAGGCCAGAAAACGGGAGAAAUUUUUACUACGGAAAAGAAAAGCCAUUCAGGAGUCUCUGGAUGAAGCUGAAGAAAACUACAGGGAGGCAAUGGAUAGGGUUACUGAGCUGGAGAAUGAGAACAUUGACAGGGUGGCUGAAGUGCACACACUGCAAGAUGAAAUGACUCAUUUGGUACAAAAUCUCUCUGAUACCCAGAUGAUGUUUGAGCGGACAAUGAGGGACUUAGAGCAAAAAAGUCGUCAGUUCACGGAGCUAAAGUCCAAGUGGGAAUUAUUAAACGAAACUGUGCUAAAGGAUUAUCAGGUUGAGUGUCAAGCUCACAAAGUCCUGAAGGUGCAGUACAGUGAGAUGAAGGAACAACGCGACAAGUUACAUGAGAUGAAGAUACACUGCUGA